AUGCGAAUCGACAAGAUGGACAACAGAUGGAUGUACGACAAAUCCAACGCCUUGCUCAGUGAUGGGAACUUUUCACUACGAAUGAUGGGUGUGCCAUCACUCAGUGGCACACCAUCAUGCCUCAAUACUUUCCUUGGCAGAGCCCUGCUUUACCACAAGCAAUCGCUGACCUUAUGGAACGGGGAGCCACCUAGCGAUUGA